AUGACGCUCCUCCACCCCCAGAGUCGGCCCCCUUCGCGACGGAUAUAUAUCUUGUCCCCCCUCCUUGGGUUUCUCUUUGUCUACCUCUUUUUCUAUAUCGAAACACCACUGCAUGUCUCCUCAACAAUCGCCACUACCUCGUCACAGGAACCGCCUUGUCCCCCACUUCCAGGGAUCGAGGAUGUCCUAGUAGUCCUAAAGACAGGCGUUACAGAAGCACUGGACAAAGUGCCGGUACAUUUCCAGACAACCCUCCGCUGCAUCCCCAACGCUGUUUUAUUCUCCGAUUACGACGAAGUGAUUGCCGGAGUCCCCGCGCAGGAUGUUUUACGCAGCGUCAAUGAAUCCAUCAAGCGCACCAACCCCGACUUCAAUCUCUACAACCGUCUGCGUGCAUCAGGGCGCAACGGACUCUCUCAAAACGAUGUCAGCCGUGUUCCAAACAGCCCCUUCGGCAUGCCCGACAACCCUGGAUGGAAGUUGGACAAGUGGAAAUUCCUCCCGAUGAUCGAUGAAGCGCUGCAGGUCCGCGACGACGCCAAGUGGUAUGUCUUUAUGGAGGCAGACACGUACUACAUCUGGCCGAAUCUGCUGCAAUGGUUGGCCCAACUUGACCCCGAUAGACCAUACUAUCUGGGCAACCAGAUGCAGAUUGCCGAUGUCAUCUUCGGACAUGGCGGGUCUGGGUUCGUUCUGUCGCGAGAAGCCAUGCACAGGGCAUCAAAACUGCGUGCAAGGGAUCUCGACGCGUGGGACCGCUUCACCAGCGAGCAAUGGGCGGGCGAUUGCGUCUUAGGAAAGCUACUUCAUGAUGCCGGAGCACCCUUGCUCUGGUCGUGGCCCAUGUUGCAGUCGAACACCCCGGCCGAGUUCGAUCACUUCGCUGACGGUUACUCCAGAAAGGCGUGGUGUUAUCCCCCUGUCGCAUAUCACCAUGUGACAGGAGACGAUAUCCGUGAGCUGGAUAAGUUCGAUCAGGGGUUUUUCCAGAAGAAGGAGGAGAACAGUGUCAUGUUGCAUGGCGAUGUGUUUCGCCAUCUUGUCCAGCCGCACCUCAUCCCCUUACAGGAUGACUGGGACAACUUCUCCGAGGAGGAACAAGUAGUCGGCAGCCUGACCGAGUGUAAAGCGCUCUGCAUCGGCAAGCCAGACUGUCUGCAGUAUUCCUUUUCAACCGACAAGUGUCGCACGUCAAAAGGGGUGAAGCGUGGAAUUGGUAGGACAGGAGUGACUUCGGGAUGGAUCACUGGUCGGAUUGAUGCUGUUGCACAAGAGCUGGGCUCGUGUGAAACUCCACGGUGGAUCACGCUAUGA